AUGGCGAAUGCAUCGACGGCGGACUCCCCCGGCCGCCGCGACAGCGAGGGAAGCAAUCUGCAGCGGAGCAGCAGCGUGUGGGAGAUCGAAGAGGAGAGUGAGCUGUUCGAGAUCAACCAUGGAAGGGCGGCAAUGGCGAGCAUCAAGGAAGAGAUCAGCCUGAUGGACGCCGGGAGCAUGUUCUCCGUAGACGUCAACGGCAGCGGCGGGGGAGCGGAGGACUGCGUGUACUUCGAGUAG